AUGGGAGGGUUGCGUUUUAAGCACCUGUUUUGGGGGAGCUUUGCUGAGUCUAAGGGAGCAUUCCUGACUGUGUUAGUCUUCUUUCUGAUUCCUUGUUGCUUGACUGUGGAGUUUAGAGCAGCCCCUAUUAUUCCAAAUGUAACUUUCCUUUGGGCCUGGAAUGUCCCAGCUGACAGUUGUAUUGGAAACUUUAAAAACUCAUUAGAUCUGAGUCUGUUCACUUUAGUAGGAAGCCCCCGAAAAACUGUAAUAGGGCAGUCUGUCACAAUGUUUUAUAUUGAUCGACUUGGCCUCUAUCCCUACAUAAAUCGGAAAAAUGUAGAAAUUAAUGGUGGAAUCCCCCAGGCCGUGUCUUUACAAGACCAUUUGAAAAAAUCUAGGACUGAUAUUGAGCAUUACAUGCCAGUAGACAAAUUGGGCUUGGCUAUCAUUGACUGGGAAGAAUGGAGACCCACCUGGUCAAGAAACUGGAAACCUAUGGAUAUUUACAAGACUAAAUCUAUUGACUUGGUCAAGAAACAAAAUAAAGGAAUUAGUAACACAAACGCUACCACAAAAGCCAAAGAAGCAUUUGAAGAGGCAGGAAAGAAUUUAAUGUUAGAGACAUUAAAAUUGGGAAAAUCAAUUCGAUCAAAAUUCUUUUGGGGUUUUUAUCUUUUUCCUGACUGUUAUAACAAUAAAUAUACUGAACCCAAAUACAAUGGACUGUGCCCUGAUGUGGAAAAGAAAAGAAAUGAUGAUCUCAACUGGUUAUGGAAGGAAAGCACAAGCCUUUACCCAUCUAUCUAUUUGAGGAGUGAAUUGAAGUUAGUGCCACAAACUAAGCUCUAUGCUCGCCACCGUAUACUGGAAGCCAUUAGGGUUUCCAAAGUGCGGGAGGCCAAGAAUCCAGUUCCAGUUUUUGUCUAUACUCGAAUUGUUUUUACUGACAAGACAUGGGAAUUCCUUUCUAAGGAUGACCUUGUGAGUACAGUUGGUGAAGCUGUUGCUCUGGGUACCUCAGGACUUGUAAUAUGGGAUGCAAUUUCUUUAGCACAACGUGCGGUAAGUUGUCCAAGUCUACAUAAAUACAUGAGGACUACCCUGAAUCCUUACAUAAUCAACACCACCCUAGCAGCCAAAAUGUGCAACCAAGCACUUUGCCAGAACAAAGGCACUUGUACAAGAAAAAAUGUGAAUUCAGAUGUCUAUCUUCACUUGAACCCAAGUUAUAUAGAGAUUCGGCCUUUGGAGAAUGGAAAGUUUGAAUUAAUUGGAAAUCCCAAGGUUGGAGACCUGGAGUAUUUUUCUGAACAUUUUAAAUGCACCUGUUUUGCCAACUCAAAUUGUAAGGAGACAAGUGAUAUGGAAAGCAUAGAAAAGGUUCAUGUGUGCACUGGUGAAAAUAUUUGUUUAACUGCUGCUGGAACCCAACCUGGCAUUUUACCUCUCACCCAGAAAAAGCCUUCUCUUCCUGACAACACUCACUCACAUAUUACAUCAUCUGCCACAGGGUCUCCAUACUUUCUUAUGAAAGAUAUCAGUGGUGCCCUUAGCUCUCUCUAUUCACAGCAUUUGAAAUAUUUGUUAUAG